CCUGCCCUUUUGCCAGCCGCGCGGGGUACGUGCCGCUGACCCGCGCCUGCGACCUGAGAGGCAGGCGCGCCUGGAGACAACGCGGAACCAUGAGCUGCCUGCCAGGAAGGGUGGUGGCGCUGCUGCUCGGGCUGCUGGUGGAGUGUACAGAGGCCAAAAAACAUUGCUGGUAUUUUGAAGGACUCUAUCCAACAUAUUAUAUAUGCCGCCCCUAUGAGGACUGCUGUGGCUCCAGGUGCUGCGUGCGUGCCCUCUCAAUACAGAGGCUGUGGUAUUUUUGGUUCCUGCUGAUGAUGGGCGUGCUCUUCUGCUGCGGAGCUGGCUUCUUCAUCCGGAGGCGCAUGUACCCCCCACCGCUGAUCGAGGAGCCUGCAUUCAACGUGUCCUACACCAGGCAGCCCCCGAACCCUGUUCCAGGAACCCAGCAGCUGGGGCUGCCAUAUUACAGUGACCCUGGAGGACUGGGUGUGAAUCCUGCUGGGAAUCCCAUGGCGAUGGCUUUCCAGGUCCAACCCAGCUCACCGCAGGGAAGCACAGCCUACCCACCACCCCCUUCCUACUGCAACACUCCCCCACCCCCAUAUGAACAGGUGGUGAAGGCCAAGUAGCAGGGGUGCUGCCUGACGCCAGCCUGUGUGACACUCACCAGGGAGACAGAGAGAGGCUCUUUGACUCCGCCUUCCCUGUCCCCAUCAAUAUUCGCUUCCAGGAAUGGUCUUCUGAGCCACUGAGGGCAAAUUCCUCUUUGAUCUCCUCAAAGCAAGCACAGCUCCCUGUCAAGUUUUCUGUGGAGGACCAAUAUUUGAAUGCACCCCAUGUCUCCUCUGUUGCUUCUGUUUCUUAUUUAAUCUGUGCUCUGGCAGAGUGUGGACAGUCCCUGAGGGUCAACUCCUUAGAGUGGCGUGCCCAGAUCCUUAGGAGAGAGACCAAGAGGAGGCAGGGUAGAGCCGGUGUGUGCGGGUGAGCACAGUGAGAGCAGGGAGGGGGUCAGAUGCCCCACCCAGGUGAGCUUCCUCCCACUAGAUGGAAAGCCCCACACACAGCAGGCAGCUUGGUGGACAGGCUCCAGGGGGUCAGCUGUUUGAGCCUGUGGUCCUGUCAGUCUUCCUCUUCAAGAAGCUGUUAGAGAGACAUUCGGUGGAGAGAAGCCUCUUAGCCCUUUUCUGUCUUCACUCACUUACUAAAGAGGAGAGAGGCUACCCUUCUGCACAGCCAGGGUGAGAGAGCGCUGUUCAUGGCUUUCCCUUCACGUGGAUGAGGAUUCAGAAUCAGGCCAAGUUGGAUGUUUCUGGCUCUCUGAAAAUCACUAAGGAAAUUUAUUUAAAUUCAUGGGAAAUCGCUCCCUGCCCCAAACUGAGACACUGCAUUUUAUGAGCUCUUGGUCAGUCAUGGGGAAAAAAACUGUUUCCCCCUUUUUAAUGCAUUUGUGGAAGCUCGUGUAGAGUUCUGUCCUUCCAGGUCAGGCUCGAGCGUGUCUUCCCUGGACAUCAGCAGCUCCCUGGUCUUUGACCAGGACCAGAGGUCUCCAGUCUCUUCCCCGAGGCAGCUCUGGUGCUGGAUUUUGAUGAGCACUUUCAAAGCAGAAAGGCUCAUUUGGCUGGGAAGUCCCAUCAUCCCUGAGAAAGAGGUGUCCCUGCAGGGCGUCAAGUCUGGGCCGGGCUGGGGCCUUGGUUUGUUUGAUCUCAGCAGGUAUGUGUUGGGCUCUGAAGAGGAGCAGCUUGCUGAGAAAAAGACAGGAAAGCUAAAUCCCAGGACUGCAGGUAAAUCUCUUCAAAAAGUACUGAAUUGAUUUGACUGACAACUUAAACUUAGAAUAAAGAAGACAUGGGUGGAAAUGUGCAUGGUGGCUAAGAAACAUAUCUGACCCCAGGAUCUUACAGGGAGUCACCGGGGUUGUUGACAGUGAGCAAGGGAGUCCUGUUCCUCUGAGUAGUGAGUAGUGCUGAUAGUGUAUUUACCCCAGACCAAGACCUGACGGGUCACGUGGAGGAGGGCAAAGCAGCAUGGCCAAGACACACAGGUCCCUGUAUGUGUAGUAGUGG